AUGUUUAUACCCGAGGCGGUCCAAGGCAACCAAGUGGGUUUUAUUAAGGGGCGUCUUCUUUGUGAAAAUGUUCUCCUUGCUUCUGAGUUGGUUGAAAACUUCCAUGGGAACAGAAACUUCUGGGGAAUCAACCCAGCUAACUCGGGCAGUUGGAUAUGGAAGAAACUGUGUAAGCUCAGACCCUUGGCCAGACCCUUUCUGGUCUGCCAGGUUGGUUCGGGAAUCACUGCCAGCUUUUGGCAUGAUGAUUGGACUGGCCUUGGCCCCCUCAUUGAUCUAACUGGUCCCCUUGGUCCGCAAACUUCAGGUCUCCCCAUUAAGGCAGUGAGCUUGAUUGAGUGUACGCAUGAUGAUUCCUACCAAUGGAAGCUGGAUAAUCAUGCUCCCUCAAACGUCUUCUCUGCUGCAAAAACUUGGCUGUCCUUGCAUCCUCAUGGCCCUCAUGUCUCUUGGCAUAAAAUGGUAUGGUUUAAAGACAGGAUCCCUAAGCAUGCUUUUAUUACCUGGGUGGUGGCCUGGAACCGCCUUCACACCAGAGACAUGUUAACGAGUUGGGGGAUGCCUAUUUCUCCCCUUUGUCCUCUUUGUAACACUCAUAACGAGUCCAGGGACCAUCUCUUCUUUUGUUGCGAGUUCAGUUCCCCAAUCUGGUCCUUUUUCACCACUACAAUCAGCGUGUCCCCCCCCUCGCUGUUCAUGGAUUGUCUCCUCUGGCUUCAUAAUGCUUCAAGAGACAAGAAUAUUGCUCUCAUCCUUAAAUUAACCUUCCAAGCUUCUGUUUAUCUCAUUUGGAAGGAGAGAAACUCGCGUAUUCACACUGGUAUCUCAAAACCCUCUGGCAUCAUCAUAAGAGAGAUUCAAGCGACAAUCCGGGCUCGCCUUGAUCCCCUUUCGAGGACUCAGCGGAUUGUUCUGCCAGCUUUGUCUCUGCUUGGCACUUGGUUCUCUCUCUUUUAA